AUGCAGCAGCCUCCACUUAUAAAGUGUGAAGGGGCACUCAACGCUUCUCUUAGUGAUUUUUACGAUUCACUGCGCAGCAACUCCAGAGAACUCCUCCGUAAAACUGGAGAUCUCAUCAAAAUGGAAGAUGAGGCAAAUAGAGCUUUACAGCAGGCUUCUAACUCAGAAACAGUAGAAACAACAACAACAUCAACAACGAUGGGAUUCCCAAUCCCCACAAUAAUUAUGUUUCGUGGUACGAUAACAAACUUAAAUAAUUUAUUACUUUCAUUAAAAGGUCGGUUUAAUGGAUUCACUCUUGAGGAACGGGAAGUACUGCAGCGUAUUGUUAUUCUCGUAAAGUUAUUAGCAUGGUAUUGUUUUGCUACCGCACGUACAGCAGAUGGAGCCGAGAAUGAUCUUCAAUCCCAUGUGAGUAGUGGCCGCACGACACCCAUGCAGCGUAUGCCGCGUCGUCAGAACAAAAGUAAUAAUAAUAAUAAUAAUAGUAAUAAUCCUAAUACCAAUACUAAUAAUGGUAAUAGUAGUGUAGAUAAUGGAUAUCCAGCUGUAGAGGCACAAAUGGCAGAGGAGACAUUUCGUCUUGCCGUAAAUGUCGUUGUGCGUUUCUCUUGUUAUAUGCCGGUAGAGAAACAAAAAAAAGAAAAUAAUAAUAAUAAUAAUAAUAAUAAUAAUAAUAAUAAUAAUAACGAUAAUAAUAGUAAUACAUCAGUGGAUAAUAGAAAUAUACAUGAGAAACUCUGUAUAGAACUUCGUACAUCCGCAUUAUAUCUAUUGACAGCUGCAUUAAUGCGAUUUCGUAGUACACCUUUUAAUACCAUGCGAUAUCUACCGGCAUUAUUCCCUGAAGUAGAUGCCAGAGAUCCACGUACAUUUCACCCACUACUAACACCAUUAUUCUGGGAUAAAGAAGAGAGUGUUCGUGCAGCUGCGGCUAUUCUUCUUUCUUCUUUAUUACGUAAAUUACAACGGAGCUUUCAAUAUGCGGAAGAACCACAACAAAAGCGACAAUCUUUCUCCUCAUUAGCAUCUCAAAGUGGUCGGGUAUUGGUAUCUUUACAUGACUCCUUACUUUGGGCAAUUGAAUUACCUGGAAAUUUAUCAGGAAUACAUAGUGAUAAUAAUAAUAAUAUUUCUUCUUCUUCUUCUAGUGUAAAUGUUUCUAUAUUCGCAUCCAAAGGACUUUUACUCUCUGUAUUUACGGUACUCGUUACUUGUACACCAUACCAGCGAUCUCCACAUUCUUUUCAUGUGCUUCAACGUACAUUUAAAUUACCAUUACUACGUGAUGCUCUUUUAAAUGAUCGUUCAGAGGAAUUUGCACUAACAGCAGCUUUUCUUACUCAGGUAUUUAAGGAAGAUUCUCUGGUUAAUAUGUUAUUAACUCAAUUUUCAUCUAAAAAAGAAAAAGAGGAUGUACAUAAAAAAGGUUCCAAAGAGAUUUCUGUAGAACCUGAUAUUGGUGAAAUGUUGUUACUUAAUUCAUUACUAACACACGCAUCACAUCGUGUAGAAGUAUGGAGAUGUGUUGUGCAGCUCUCUCGUAUUCAUCCAUCCAUUGUUGCUGCACGCUUUACGACUCUAAUGGAGACUUCUCGUGCACUUUUAAACUCUUUACAAUCAAUGAAGGAUGAUCAUAAUAAUAAUAAUAAUAUGAUUACCGAAGGAACAACAGGAGAUACAUUAGGAGAAUGUCUUCGAGCUUGGUUACAUUUUAUGGGUUAUGUUUGGCAGUCAUUUGAUGGUCAUUCCGCAGAUCCGGCACUUCGUCAAGAUCACUCUGCUUACCGGGCAACAUUAGAUCAAAAAAGAAAGAUUGUAGAAGAUCUCGUUAUGCCAACACUUCUCUUAACAGCAAAUGGGUGUUACUAUCAUGAUGCCAGACGAACAGCCCUUCGUUGUGUAGCACAAGUAGGUGAAGAGUUUAUGUCAUCCUUAAAGACUGAAGAAUGUGAAAAGAUUGUGGAAGAAGUCUUGAGAAGUACUACCGCACAUGAUAGUAGUCUUCGAGCUGAGGCCUUCACAACAGUGGGUGUGUGGGUAUGGCAGUAUAAUACUUUCCAUAAAUGGUUUCCUGAGUUUGUGGAUCGUGCUGUAGAUGCACUUUGUAAUGAUACAGAGGCUGAGGUUCGCUGUAAAGCUGCAUUUGCAUUAUCUAAUCUUACUUCACGUCUUGAUGAUGAUAAUAAUAAUGAUCACAAUAAUAAUAAUAAUAAUAAUAAUAAUAAUAAUAAUAAUAAUAAUAAUAAUAAUAAUAGUAAUCCAUUACGCAAUUCCCCACAUCAUAUGCAAUUACUCUGUGAUGUUGCCAUGCAUGCCGCCCAAACCCAAAGUGAUGCUAUCGUUAUGGGCCAUGGUAUUCGCAUGAUGAGUCAUCUCCUACGCAGUCUCACCUUUGAGGAACUUAUCAGUGAACUCGCCGAACAACAGGUCGGCGUUGCGGAAGGGUUUCUCAGCACCCUCCUUCGUUUUCUCCUACCCUCCAAUCGAGAUGCCAAACUGCGCUGGAAUGCCGCGUAUGCACUCGGCCGUGGACUCGCCAGGAAUGUCGUGUUUGACGCCGAGCCGCAGGAGUCCACGCGGGCGGUGGAGCGUCUCUGCGUGCUGGUCGGCCACGAUCGCAUCUUCAAAGUCCGCACGCAGGCCGCAGGGGCACUCGCAUCUCUGCACACGCCGUCUUUGGCCGCCGGCCGCUACGCCGCGGAGGAUCUCGCGCCGAAAGUCACGCGGGCAUUAUGUGAGGCCCUGCGGGACGGCACCGGCGCCGUGGAGAGUUACGCGCAGUACAGAGAACAGGACUCGCUGCGGGCCGCACUGCGACAGGCACUGCAGGUGAUGAUAACAACAGCCGCCCCAAGUGCACAGCUGCAGGAUGUGUUUGCAGAGUACCGUCAGCUGCUGGAGACGGAGCGGCUUUUGUGA